AUGGGGCUGUGGUGGGUCACAGUGCAGCCUCCAGCCAGGAGAAUGGGGUGGCUCCCACUCAUGCUGCUUCUGGUGCAGUGCUCAGUGGCCCUUGGGCAGCGCUCUCCAUUGAAUGACUUCCAGCUGCUUCAGGACACACAGCUGCAGAAUCUGCUACAUGCAGUGGUGGCUGGACCUUGGCGGGAGGAUGUGGCAGAUGCUGAAGAAUGUGCUAGGUUCUGUGGGUCCCUUCUGGACUGCCGGGCCUUCCAUUACAAUAGGAGUAGCCACAGUUGCCAGCUGCUGCCAUGGACCCAGAACUCAUCCCACACACAGCUGCACUAUUCUAAGGGCUGUGACCUAUUCCAGAAGAAAGACUAUGUUCGGACCUGCAUUAUGGACAAUGGGGUCAGGUACCGGGGCACUGUAGCCAUGACAGAAGAUGGGCUGCCCUGCCAAGGCUGGAACUACAAGUUUCCCAAUGACCACAACUAUAUACCCACACUUCAGAAUGGCUUGGAAGAGAACUUUUGCCGCAACCCUGAUGGGUACCUGGGAGGUCCCUGGUGCUACACGACAAACCGUACUGUGCGCUUCCAGAGCUGUGGCAUCAAGUCCUGCCAGGAUGCUGCUUGUAUUUGGUGCAAUGGCGAGGAUUAUCGUGGUGCGGUAGACCGCACAGCGUCGGGACGUGAGUGCCAGCGCUGGGACCUGCAGCACCCUCACUCGCACCCCUUCCAGCCUGACAAGUUCCCGGACCGAGGUCUGGAUGAUAACUAUUGCCGGAAUCCUGACGGAUCUGAGCGGCCCUGGUGCUACACCACAGACCCACAGCUCAAGAGAGAAUUCUGUGACCUCCCGCGUUGCGGUUCCAACCUGCCUUGGUCCAUCCGAGGGCCCGAGACACAACCGCGAGAGGCCACGACUUUCAACUGCUUCCGCGGGAAAGGCCAGGGUUACCGGGGUACAGCCAACACCACCACUGCCGGUGUGCCUUGCCAGCGUUGGGAUGCUCAGAGCCCGCAUCAGCACCACUUUGCACCGGAGAAAUACGCGUGCAAGGACCUUCAGGAGAAUUUCUGUCGGAACCCCGAUGACUCAGAAGCACCCUGGUGCUUCACAUCCCUUCCUGGUAUACGCAUGGCCUUCUGCUACCAGAUCAAGCGCUGCACGGACGAAGUGCCCCCAGAGGACUGCUACCACGGUACAGGGGAGCAGUACCGCGGCUUGGUCAACAAGACCCGCAAGGGCAUCCCCUGCCAGCAUUGGUCUGCAGAGACACCGCACAAGCCUCAGUUCACACCCACCUCAGCUCCACAGGCGCAACUAGAGGAAAACUUCUGUAGGAACCCAGAUGGGGAUAACCAUGGGCCAUGGUGCUACACUACAGACCCAAGGACCCUGUUUGACUACUGUGCCCUGCGAAGCUGCAAUGAUGACCAGCUGCCAUCCAUCCUGAACCCCCCAGACCAGGUGCAGUUUGUGAAGUGUGGGAAGAGGGUGGACAGGCUGGACAAGCAGCGCUCCAGGAUGCGUAUGGUGGGGGGCCAACCAGGGAACUCACCCUGGACAGUCAGCUUGCGCAAUCGGCAGAGCCAACAUUUCUGUGGGGGGUCCCUAGUGAAGGAGCAGUGGGUACUGACUGCCCGGCAAUGCUUCUCCUCUUGCAGUGAACCUCUCAUGGGAUAUGAAGUAUGGUUGGGCACCCUGUUCCAGAACCCACGGCCUGGGGAACCAGACCUGCAGCGGGUCCCAGUGACCAAGAUGGUGUGCGGGCCUUCAGAUUCCCAGCUUGUCCUGCUCAAGCUGGAGAGAUCUGUGACCCUGAACCAGCGAGUGGCUCUGAUUUGCCUGCCCCCUGAGCGGUAUGUGGUGCCUCCGGGGACCAAGUGUGAGAUCGCAGGCUGGGGUGAGACCAAAGGUCCAAGUGAUGAAACAGUGCUCCACGUCGCCUCGCUGAAUGUCAUCUCUAACCAGGAAUGUAAUAAAAAGUACCAAGGACAAGUACAGGAGAGUGAGAUGUGCACUGAGGGAUUGUUGGUUCCUAGAGGGGCCUGUGAGGGUGACUACGGGGGCCCACUCGCCUGCUUUACAAAUGACUGCUGGGUCCUGGAGGGAAUUAUAUUCCCCAGCCGAGUGUGUGCACGGCCCCUCUGGCCAGCCAUCUUCAAGCGUGUGUCUGUGUUUGUGGACUGGAUUCAUAAGAUCACGCACAUGGAAUAAGCUUGGCCUUGACCACUUG